UUGUUACAGAUGGCGGCCACUGGGGUUAUGUGCGUUUAAAUCUUUGUAGAAUUCCUAUGAAGGUUUUGAUGAAGUGGUUCAUUCAUAGGUAGCUCAUAUGUUUGAAACCAAGGAGCAUUCGUGCACUCUGCGGAAAGUUCUGAAUACUGUCUCCUGUCUUUCUUUUUGAAACAUGCCUGGCGAGAUGACAACUCCCGAUCCCGAGUCCUUGUUCUCGUUGGAACUUGUUGUUGAGAAAGUUUAUGUGCCUCACACACCUUGCAGAUUUCCAGCUGUUGUUUUUCGUCUUUUGGAUUUCCCAACAAUCGUCAUAAGCCACGUUGAAGAUGACUUAGAAAAGGCAAUCCGCCGAAAAAUAUCACUUGAUCCCCAUUAUCACCUACCAGAUCAGUUCUCAGAACUAAAAGACAGACAUGGUAACUUCAUGAUAAAAAAAGGUAAAUCUUGCCUGUUCAAAAUAUCUGCAGACAUACUGAAACAACAUCUUGCAAGCACACCCCUCUAUGUCAUGGCUAUAGAUAUGUUUCCAGAAGUACCCAAGCUGAUUGGAAACAGCACAGUUCCCCUGAAUUCUUUGAUGGACUCUAUCUGUGUUGAUAUAGCGAGACUUGGAGCCACAGUACCAUCUGUUCAUGGAGAUAAGGGUUUAUUCAAGUUAUACAACUUAAUGGGCAAAGAGAUUGGUUAUUUUGUGCUUGGUUUCCGUUUACUCUGUUUGGGGCCGAGCCUUAUUGCCCAUCUGCCUGCGUCUGCUUUGAUGCAAAGACAUGGAGCGCAAAAAAAGCGGAUCAAACAUGUUGAAGAAAUGCUUCAUACUGCUGAUCAGGAGGAAGAUGAGGAGUCAGAUGAGCCGGUGGUGGAAUUAAGAAACUCUGCAUGUAUGACUGAACCAAUUAAGCAUGAUGUGCUCCUUCAGACUAUUGAAAUGGAUGACAAAGCAGUUCAUGUGGAGGUUGGUGGCACGGAAAUGCAAACUCAAACUAAUUUUGUUUACAGAAAAGAAUCCAGCACAACUGCAACACAGACUGAUAAGAAAAAGAAAUUGAAAGAAGCUUUGAAUGCAAAGCAAAAGUGGGUGGAGCAAAUUGAACACAAAGUUGAGGAUGAUGAUGUUAUUAUCCACAAUAUAGUAUGCCCACCACCACUUUUCUACAAUAGUGAAGCAACUCCGUCUAUUGAAAUUGAAAGACAGCAUCAGGUUUUAUUAUCUCAGCAAGAUGAUAUCUCUGUGGAAGAUUUGUCUGACAUUGAGAGUUAUGAUGGGCAAGGCCUUCACAAACCAAAAAGAUCAAGGUCUUUUGAUUUAGAUGAGCAGUUUCCCCAAGCCCAACUUGUGUCAAAAUCUCCAAAAGCAGAAAGAGUCCCUCAACAAAGCUCUCACCUUUCCAGUCAGAUUCCUCAAGCCAGAGCUGGGGAAUUUAUCCAAGGACUGCAAGUUGCUCCUCGCUCAAAUGCUGUGUUUCCUCUGCUGACAGCGCUAAUCAAUGAAUUGUCAUGUAUUCAGGACCCACAGCUUUUGUUAAAUGUAUCAAAUAGAAUACAGACAGCAAGGCCAAGACCGUCAUUGUCUCAAAGAGGAAAUGAGCAAAAGAGUCAGUCAGAGGAAGACAAAAUAUCGCCAGCCGUAGUGUCAGCUGUGGCUGCAGCAUUAUCCAAAAAGCUUGAAAAUUCAAAAGACAACAUAAGAGAUAUGAGUAGGCAAGCAGAUAAGGCUCCAAGUGCGCAAAACUUAGGAAAAGGUGAUCGGCCCCAGAGACAAACUGAUGCACCAAAAGGCAUUCCAUCUCAAGCUGCUAAGAAGAACAAACUUGCUUUUGGGCUUACCAACACUCAGAGGCUGAGGUUACAGAAGACAAACCCAGCUUGGCUGAAACAGGCAGAGCAGCAGGCAGAGAAAAUCAAGUCUCAGUCUCAAAAACAACCUCCUGCCAAGAAACUGCAGUUAGAUGAUAUGAAUGCUACCACCUUCUCCGAUACCCUUACAGAAGUGAGACGACUUGCUGAGAAAGAGUUAGAAAGUACCGCAGGUGGUGAUACCCUUCUCCUGGUAGCAAGUGAAGUUGAAGAAAUGAACUCAACUCUAGGGACUAAAGAAAUGAGUAAGAAACCCUUGAAAAAAACAAGCUCUGGUGGAGGCACUCCUUCCAAAUCAAGGUUACGAGAGUUUUCACCUCAGCAUAAACCUCGUGGCAAUGCUCCUCUACCAAAAGCCAGAACAAGACUUCGCCACCGACGGGAAUCUCAGCAGAAUAACAUGAAAGACUCGUCAGAUUCAGACGAGGUGGCAAAGAAGAGACCCGUGCCUUUAGAACGACAUACUCGGAACAUAAAGUCACCUGUAGUUGCUGAUCAAGAAGGUGGAGCCUAUAAUGAAAAUGAGGAAAUUUUGAGUGCUCGCAGUGAUCUUCCCAGCUCUCGGAGCAGAUCAAUCGAGGUUCACCUUCCGUCUGCUAAGGCAGAGCUUAAUGAUACUGACACCAUAACAGAUGCUGAGGACGAUGAUGAAGAUAUCCCACUUCCUGACGAAAGUCUAAACGAACAGUACAAGCCUCAGUCGGUAAAUCUCCCACAAUACAUCGCGAAAAACACCUCUCUCCCUGACUCCAUAGAUGGUGUUCCGAAUGCUUCUCUCAAUGUGUCCGGGGCUCUAGAUGACAACUCUCCCCUUGAAUCGACUCGCCAUUCCAGAAAUAUGACGGAGGAGCAGAAUGAUUCUCGAGUGCUGCAGUCGACAGAUUACGACACGCGACAGUUCCACUCUACAGAUGAGCCAGAGCUUCAAGAACUGAUGAGUGAGGAGGAAAACCGGUCUGGAGGGGGUGAAAGUGGCAGGCGUUCGGCAGCCUCGUUGCGAACAUCCCAGAAAUUUCCAGUGAUCAAUCCACAACUCUCUGAGAACUCUCCCGUGCCUUCAGUGAGGAGGUCUACCACAAAGCUAGAUGUGGGAGCCCACAGUUACCUGCCCUCCAUGUCCCUGUCCAAAGGUCAGGUGUCACCUGUUUCGUCUCGACCAAACUCCAGACCUUCUACUCCCAAAGGGAAGAACCCUGACAAUCUCCAGCCUCUCAACCCAAAGGGUGGGGUCAUAACCCCACGUAACAGUAUAACACCGAGGUCAAUGUCGCCCAGUCCCAAACGCCCGACUCCAAGACAGAAAAAGCCCUUGAGAGAGUUCCGAGAGUCGAUCCACACAGAGUCUCUGAGUUCCUAUAUGCCCUCUGACCCCGAGAAUCUACUUGUUUCUCUCUCUAGUAACUCUGGUGGGAACUAUUCUGACGACUUCCAACCUCUUGGCAGUGGGGAGAGUGGGGAACCUACGUCCUCUGUGGAGCAGCUCCCCAAAAUUGUCCCCUCAACAAGGCUGGGCUACACUAUUACAUGACACUCCAGUAUAAUCUGUUUGGUUCAGUGUUUCUUUGGAAGCUCUUGUGUAUUGCUUUUUGUGUGUGGGAUAGAACCACCUUAAACAGAAUAUGGUUAUCUUUUGUGUAUUCUGUACACUUUCCUCUCUCUCUCUCUCUCUCUCUCUCUCUCUCUCUCUCUCUCUCUCUCUCUCUCUCUGUCCCUCUCUGUCUCUAAUUUAGAUUUAUAUGAGUUUGAUCUGCGUUGUUUUUUCCCAGAGGAAGUUCUAAUCAGAUGGAAAAAGAUUAUUUCUGGAAAAA